AAACAUUACAUUCCAUUCCCAGGGCAGCAUCGCAGUCAAAUAGUGGCCGCUUUUUUUUUUCUCUUUUCUUUUCUAAACACAGGUAUCUUCUAUCUCUUUCAUGGGCCAUGGCGGCAUGUGGAUUUGGAGUGUCCCAUCUACAUGAAUGAGUUUAACAAUGGCGGCAGUUCUCAAACUAAGAGGCUCUUUUCAUAGACUCAAACCUCUUUUGCUACACCAGAGAUUUUGUCACACAUUUGUUGAUGGUUGUUCGGAAGCUGAUUUUUUUGACGAGCUUGGUCCUAUAAUGGCUUCCCCCGGUGAUGCUCCAGACACUUCAAAAUGGAAAAAGAUGGAUUCGACAUCCAAAGGAAUAAUACUGUCCAAGAUACCAUAUGCACCAAAGACUGUUGUUAAGCAUCUAAAAGAUGAAGGUUAUGAUGCUUUUUUGGUUGGUGGAUGUGUUAGAGAUUUACUAUUGAAGAAAACCCCCAAAGAUUUUGAUGUGGUCACAACAGCAAGCCUCAAACAAGUCAAGAAAAAAUUUCCUCGUGCUUUUAUAGUGGGUCGGAGGUUUCCAAUUUGUCUAGUUCAUGUUGGAGGAUGUGAAAUUGAGGUAUCGAGCUUUAAAACAUCAAAAGACCAUGAAAAGGGAAAUAACGUCUACUUAUCUAAAAUGCCGGAAGGUUAUGAUGAAAAAGAUUUCUUGCUCUGGAGAAAUUCUUUGCAUCGAGAUUUUACAGUCAAUAGUUUCUUCUAUGAUCCAUAUGCACACAAAAUUUAUGAUUAUUCCAAUGGAAUGGAAGAUUUGAGUGCCAAGAAGCUACGAACUCUAGUCCCUGCUUACUCGUCAUUCCAAGUGGACUGUGUUAGAAUUUUGCGGGGAAUCCGAAUUGCCGCUCGUUUAGGAUUCUCAUUUGCAAAAGACACGGAGAAAGCAAUUCACAAUUUCCAUGAUUCUGUUAAGACUUUGGAUAAGAACAGGUUAAUGCGGGAGAUGAAUAAUCUGUUUUCAUAUGGAGCUGCUCAGUCUUCCCUUCUGCUCCUAAAGCAAUUCAAUCUUUUUGAUUUAUUAUUUCCAUUCCAUGCUGGUUACCUUGCUGAUCAGUCUGAUGGACAAACUCCAGUAAUGUUGAUGAAAUUGUUUUCUAGUCUGGAUAGUGUCGUUUCAUUGGAUCAACCCUGUGAUUCUACCUUGUGGAUAAGCUUGAUGGUUUUCCACCUUGCAUUGGCCAAUCAUCCUCAAGACGCUCAUACAGUUUGGAUUUUGUCUUGUCUUCUAUACCACGGUACCUGGGUCAAAGGUGUGAAAGCGGCCAAAAAACACUUUGGAAAGCACGUUAAUUUUUCUCCAGAGAUCACAGAUUCCUUUGAUGAUGUAGCAGAUGUGAAACUUGCACAAAAAGUUUCUGAUUUUGCUUCUAUUAUCCUGGACUAUACUGACGCUUUAACAGAUUCUAAAAAUCUUCGUAAGAUCGUGCUUCAAAACGAUGUGACAAGACUUUCUCACUCACCCACCAUUCCUCAUAUUAUAUCAAAGAAAGCUAGUAGAAAAGUAACUGAAAUUUUUAGCGUGCUGGUGGAUGAUAUAAAGUCUCUGAACAUGGAAAGAAUUAACUACAAAAUCGACUACAAAUGGCUCAAGGAGGGAGCCAUCACGGAGACCAGAUUUGUUCUUGGCAAAAUUAUUAUGAAUACAAUGAGGGAUGGGAUUACCCAUCAUCGAACCAAGCUUCUUUCAGAGAAAGAUGUUUUUCAUGCAUCUGAGCCAAAAAUUGAGCAAGUGGAGCAUGGUAAGCUAAAUUCAAAGGAUGUCGAAAAGGUGGCACAAAAUCACAAGGAAAUGUCUAACAUCCUAGAGAAGGUGCCCACCAUGGAAAAACAACACCAAACCCGGGCUCCCAAGGAAAUGCCUACCAUCUUAGAAAAGGUGUCCACCUUGAAAAAACAACGCCAAACCCACACUCCCAAUCAGAUGUUGCAUAUACUAAAAAAUGCCCCAAAAUUGGAGAAAUGGCAUGAUGCUCAGGCUCCGGAAAAGACACUACGUCGCAAACCGAAAGCUUCUACCAAGAUGUUGAAUGUAUUGAAACUCUCUAAUCACUUCAAAGGAGAUGAAGAUCUGAGUAAAAAAUUCAAUAAACCAGAAAAGCAGCCAACCGUUCAAGUAAGGGAUCUAGAUGCAUCAAGAAAAACAAAGGCGACACGGAAACUAUCUGUUUUGUUCAAAUGAGAAGUACACGUUCUAUGCUCACACCAUUUACCAAUGUAUCUUAUCACUGAACAGUUUUGUGCAGGAUGGAGCAUGCUUUGCCAAGGACAACUUGCAAUGUCUAUGUAGGGAUCAUUUCUCCUGGAGCAUUAGAAAUCAAAACUAAGGAUCAACUUAUUUUUGUAGGUGUCAAGCUGUUUUAUUCAAGUUUUAUGGAAAUGCAUAGUAAAUUAAUAAUAUUUGGGUAGAAAAUGAGUGAAGACUUUAUGCAACAAGUGCUGACACAUAGUAGAUGAUCAUAGAAGUAAUACUCAUCUUAGUGUUGAUAAAUGCAAUGGCCAUCCAUAUUAGUGAAUAGAAGUAUUAGUAAGACUUAAUGCAAUCCAAGGAAAGGAGGUUGUCUCAUGUAAUUGUUGAUCUGAAAUAGUAACUGAAAAUACACACCCUUAAUCUUGGCGCAAGUGUUUGGUUUUCUUAUUGGGUCAAUUCACCGUAAGUAUAUCAUUGUUCUAUUUGGAAAGUUAUUUGUGUUUCACAAUUGUUAGAGAUAGAGAGAGUAUAUCAUUUACCAUUUCACUUGAUCCCCAGCUCAUUGAUCUCAUCAUUAUUGAUGGAUUGAAAUCACUUACUCAUUGUACCUAUGAGUUUGCUAUUAAAGAGAUUAACACACAUUAAAACGUAGUUUAAUUGUUCGGAGGAUUAGACAAAAAUGUUUUAAUUGCGUGAUUGAUACUAAGAGAGAAGAAAUGUGUGGAUGAAAAUUAAAGAAGGUGAUGAUCUGAUGGGUUAGGAUGGGUGAGGGUCUAUUCGAACCUUGUUGGACCCUACUUUAUUAAGGGUUUUGAAUCUUU